CUUUUCUUUGCAGGCCAACCCCAAUUCUUUUCUGCUUUUUGUUUCUCCAACUUUUUCUCCCUGGCCUAGUAGCUGUCUCCAAGAUACAGCGACCGUACAGGCCUCGCACGAAGCAAUGACAGCGUUUACCUCGGGCCAUAUACUGGCCUGGCUCGGCAUAUUUGCCGCUGCCGGCGUCGCCUAUGUAUCAUGCGUUGUCGUGUAUAGACUCUGGUUUCACCCGCUAGCAAAAUACCCAGGUCCUUUUCUGGCGCGGAUAUCCAACUUGCACCAGCUUUACCACGCCUACAAGGGCGACCGGCACCUGGAGUUUUGGAGACUGCAUGAGAAAUAUGGCCGCGUUGUCCGGUUCGGGCCCAACAGCGUGUCCAUCAACAGCGCCGCGGCCCUCAAGGACGUCUACGGGUUCCGGGCCAACGUGCGCAAGGCCGAGUUCUACGACGCCUUUGUGCACCCGACGCCCAACACGCACAACUCGCGCGACAAGGAGAUGCACGCGCGCAAGCGCCGCGUGCUCUCGCACGCCUUCUCCGACUCGGCCAUGAAGGAGAUGGAGCGCUACAUCCUGGCCAACGAGCGCCAGUUCUGCGCCGAGAUCGGGCGUGGCGCCACGGCCGAGUCCAAGGGCUGGACGGGGCCCAAGAACAUGGCCGACUGGUGCAACUGGCUCGCCAUGGACAUACUGGGCGACCUGGCCUUCGGCAAGGCCUUCCACAUGCUCGAGCGCGACGACAACCGCUUCGCCAUGGACCUGGUCGGCGGCGCCGCCCGCCGCCACCUCAUCUGCGGCACCAUGCCCGUGCUCGACCGCCUCAACCUCGACAAGUGGCUGUUCCCGUCCGUCGCCGCCGGCCGCGCCCGCUACAUGGUCUACAGCCGCGCCCAGCUGGCCGAGCGCACCAAGCUCGGCGACGAGACGGACCGCCGCGACUUCUUCUACUACCUCCUCCGCGCCCGCGAUCCCGAGACUGGCCUGGGGUUCGCGCAGGGGGAGCUGUGGUCCGAGUCGAACCUGCUCAUCAUCGCCGGCUCCGACACCACAUCGACCGCCAUGGCCGCCACGCUCUUCUACCUGGUCCGCAACCCGGCCGCCCUGGCGCGCGCCGCCGCCGAGGUGCGCGGCACCUUCUCCAGCGUCGAGGACAUCCGGCAGGGCGCGCAGCUCGCGUCACUGCCGUACCUGCGCGCCUGCAUCGACGAGGCCAUGCGGCUGUCGCCCUCGGUCGGCGGCCUGCUGCCGCGCGAGGUGCUCGCGGGGGGCGCCGUCGUCGACGGCGAGCGCCUGCCGCGGGGCACCGUCGUCGGCACCCCGCACUACGCCGUCCACCACAACCCGGACUACUACCCGGAGCCGUUUUCGUACCUGCCCGAGCGCUGGAUCGCCGGCUCGCCGCGCGUCCGUGGCGGGGGGUUGGUGGCCGAGGCCGACGUGGCCGCGGCCCAGAGCGCCUUUUGCCCCUUCAGCAUCGGGCCCCGCGGCUGCAUCGGCAAGGGGCUGGCCUACGUCGAGAUGACGACGACGCUGGCCCGCGUGCUCUUCACGUACGACAUGCGCCGCCCCGUCGGCGUGCAGGACCCGUCCGAGGGCGGCGCGCCCGGCGCCGAGUACGGCCGCCACCGCAUCGGCGAGUUCCAGCUCUUUGACACCUUUACCAGCCUCAAGGAGGGGCCGCUAGUGGAGUUUAGGGAGCGUGAGGGGCUGUAAGGGCAGGGGAUUAGGGUCUGAAUCUUUUGUUUUGGCCAGAUACAGAGCUUUGAUUUGAACAUGAAGGCUGUCAAGUAUGCUGACAUGGCACUGGGGAUCUGUGGCUAUGUCCUGUAGAUAUCUCCAGUACAUGACUUGUUCGUGUUGCAAUGGCCGGGGGAGUAUGUAGACUCCAGAGUACUGACGACCUCCUUCUUACUUUACCCGCCAGUGUUUAAAUGCACUCUCGAUUCAAAGUGGUUCGAAUGAUUUCAUUUUUUUCGCGCUAUCUUUGAUCGGAGCCGCAACGGAAGUACCGGUCGACGAGCAGUCGA